AUGCAGCAGCAGGAGCACGUCAGCGAGGAGGCGGCGAAGAUGGCCAAGAUCCAGGGCGGAUCGGGGCCGGACAUCGAGGGACAGGGCACGCCGGUGCACGAGAUCCUCCAAAACGAGAAGGACACACGACAGCAAGCUCCCAAAGUGAUGAAGGAGCAGGCCAAGCAGGACGGCAGCGCCCCCAAGCCCGGCACGAGACCCUUCUCCACGCUGGCACGGCGACGGGCAGAGGUGACUCCCACCUCCUCCCCCCCUGGCGAUGCUGCCCUAGACUCAUCACUGCUGCCCACAGCUCAGCAACACGCCCGGUACGACGCAGCACUAGACGCCUCCUCCCACCUCCAGCCCGCUCCCGAAGACUCCAAGGGCCACAAGUUCCCUCUCCCCACCAUGCCGCUCCCCAACAACCUCCGCAAAGACCACCGCUACGAUCCUGUAGUCACGCAGGUCACGAACCUCCUCAUGCAGGAUGGCAAGAAGUCGGUGGCUCAGCGCAACAUGGCCACCAUUCUGACCAUCCUGCGCACUGCUCCAGCGCCAACCUACAGCGAGACCAGACCGUUGCUCCCUGGUGCGCCGCCAGCGAGUCAUCUCCCGCUCAAUCCCACCCUCUACCUCACACUCGCAGUAGACAGUGUAGCGCCACUGCUACGCAUUCGCUCGCAAAGGGGAGCAGCCGGCGGUGGUGUGGCUCUGCAGAUCCCUGUGCCGUUGGGCCUGAGACAGCGGAGACGACAGGCAUUCGAGUGGAUUUUGGAUGCUGCUGCGAAGCGCAAGAGCAGAGGCAGUGGCAAUGACAUGUUUGCGCAGAAAGUGGCGGAAGAGUUGAUUGCGGUGGUUGAGGGCAGGAGCAGCGUGUGGGAGAAGCGGCAGGGCGUGCACAAGCUGGGAACCGCGGCAAGAGCGAACCUGAAUCAUCGGGCGGUUGGUGGCAGGAGGUGA